CAGACGCAGAGCUGCAGAGCUGGAUACAAGCGGAGAUGAAGCGAUUGUGGAGACGGAAGGGCGCCAGGGCGGCGCAAGGGGAGGAAGACGAGGAGGGCACGCAUGGAGUGGUGACGGCUGACGAUGAUGUUGGCAGAGCAAGCCACAUGAACGAGGUGGUGGAGAACGAGGAGGAGGCGGGGCGCCGAAUUGGCCAGAUCGUGCAGCAGAGAGAUCAACAACAACACGAGCAGGGGCAGCCUCAAGGCGCAAGCAACAGCAGCACCAGCGGCGUCGGUGGCGGCGGCGAGGAGACCGUUGCGGUUGAUGAAGCUGUGCAACAUGUGGCUGCAGCAGCGCCCCAGGGCCGGGACAGCGGACAGGUGGCCAAGCGGAAGGCAAACAACGCACCACACCCGCAAUCACACAAUGCAACGGAGCAGCAGCAGCCGUCUCCAACAAGCAAGAAGGAGAAGAGACGACGCAAGAAGCACAAGCAGGGCAAAAAGGAGAAGCACAAAGAGACACAGCACCACGAGACGCCGCCUUUCUGCCAGUCCUUUGAGUGUACGCUCAACUGCUCCUCACCUGAUCUCGGCUGCACGCUGAUUGAGUAUGGCGACCUGCCGCCACGCAUCCAGCGUCUGCUCGUCACAGCGAGCGGCGUGUUUGUGGACUGGAUUGAUCCCAGCGGGAGGCUGGCCCACGACACCACAGUACAGAAAUACGAUCAGGUCGUUAGAGUGAACGAUGCAUGGGUUGUGAACAAGCCAACCAACGCAGCACUGCGUGCGCUUCACUACGCGGGCAAGACAAAGCAGAUCACGCUGCAAGUGUGGAGACACAAUGCCAUCGAUGCUCGUCAAGGGAGCCAGCAGGCGCUACUGUUCCACUCGCCAAAGCGCCAGGAAGCCAGCGAUACUCCAGACGCCACAAGCACUUCCCGUAUGGUGUCCACAAUCACCUUGGUAGCCGACUCGUUUGGAACCGGUAUCGAGCUGUCACCAACGGAUAUGGGCGAAAUCAUCGUCUCGCAUUUAACGCCGGGGCUGCCGGCAGCGAUUGAUGGGCGACUGCGGCACGCAGAUACCGUUCUUGCCAUCAACGGCAAGGGUGUGAGCGACGCCAACGUUGACGGAGCACAAGACGCCCUGAACGCGCCAGGAACCGUCCACAUCACCUUCGCAAGGGACCAAUCGGAAGCGGAUGUGCAGCACACGGCGGCGCUGCUGGCAACGGCCGCUGUCAAGGACCCAGCCACCAUCCACGAUACCAUGUUGGCCCACGCUGCCCGGUACAACGAUCUUGCGUUUGUGCAAGAGGAGCUCAGCCGCACAAGCGCACACCUCUUGCCAAGCCAACACAGAAGCCAACCUCAGCUCAGCCUCACGUUUUCACCGUCGCGUCACGCCGCGUCACAUCCAGCGCUGACACUGAAUGGGCACGCAGCCGGCGAAUCUUCGACAGAUGCACAGGAAGCAAAGCAGGUUGAUCUUGUCCACGCAAAGAUUGAGCGGAGAGAUGGCGAAGGAUUUGGAAUGACAGUGGCGGGAUUGGAGGGCGAGGACGUUCACGUUGGUUCACAGGGCGUCUUCAUCGCCGACAUUGUUCCGGGCGGUGCAUGCGAUCGCUGCAAAGCAAUUAGGGUUGGGGAUCAGAUUAUUAAUAUUGAGGGCAUGAAUGUUGUCGACGACACGUAUGACUCCGCCAUCACCCUCCUCAAAGCUUCCGGCCAAACUGUGUCGCUGGUGGUUGCACGACGGAAAGUGUCUUCAGCAUCCUCCGCAGCGGACGUCAACGGCAACAUCACAGACACAAGCACGGCGCAUUCACACGUGCACAACAAUUCCGCCAUCGUGCUGCAACCGCCCUCUGAUCCAACUGUCCUUGACUCCCUCUCCUACAACCUGAACCGCGCCCUCAGAACAAGUCGGGAGGAUGACAGGCUGGCGUACAUGGAGGAGUGGCACAAGGAUGUGGCGUAUGCGUUCAGCCAGCACGCAGCAUCCCGCCCAGAGGGUGUUGGGUACAUCAGCGAUGGUGGCAGCGACGACGUGGAUGGUGAUGGCCGUGGUGACUAUGGUUAUGGCGAAGGAAGCGGCGAUCACAUGUACACAAUGCGUGAUGCCGAUGGAUACGAAUACGGGCAUGAUGGCGCAGAUCCUGAACAUGACACGCACGACACCUCAUUCAUGAGCACCAGCGAGGCCAAUGGAUUGCGAACCACAAUCCUCUCGGCCACCCCGUUUACCAGCCACGACAUUUUGGUCUUUCGCGUGCCUGCACGCACCAGCGAGUCAUUUGGUGUUUCUGUCGCUGAUACCGUGUUGAGCGGCUACCCAGCCCACCUUGCAGCCAACCCCAACCUGCACUACCUUCGUGUGCAUGCAAUGGCCAAGGAUUCCAUGAUGCGUGACGUUGGCUUGCAGAUUGGCGAUUGCCUGCUUGGCUUCAACAACACGCCUCUCUUUGGCAUGCCACGCGAGGACGUGCUACGGCUCCUGCAUAAGGCGGAUGAUGCUUUCAUCUUGAUCGUUGGUCGCGAAUGUGACCAUGAUGAUGAUGGCGGUGGCGACGGCAGAGCUCCAAAGCAGCUUGUGGCCAUGACCAUUCAACACAUUCCACAGGCGAUGCCGCUGGUGCAAGUGCAUCCAGACAAGAUCCCCAACAGCGAACACACGUGUUUGGUGGUGGACAGUGUGGCGAGCAAUGCUCUUCCCCCGACAACUCACCCAGCAUCGUCCUUUCUCGACACCAGCCGUACUCACUUGGCCCACAACGACACUAAUACGGAGUACAGCGGGAGCCACAGCGACACUGGGCACAAUGCACACGAGCCCAAGUCGCAACGACUUGGUGACAACGAACCCAACAGUGCAAACACAGAUCAGCACAGCCCACACGGCCUCUUGCCUGGCGAUGUGUUGUUGUACGUCAACGAGCACUGCUUGGUGGAUACCGAUGACAUGACGCCUGCGAUUGACGCGAUUGCUGUUGGGUUCACACUCCGCUUCUUCCUCAUUCGAACGCUUGUUGCGUCAAAAGAACACGACGAGGCGCCACCUGUCAAUAUGGUAGAGUUUUCCCACUUGCGCGGAGCACAAGACUUGGUGGAAAUGACACGACAGCACCUGGAGCACCAAGUUCCGCCGUCACUCUCUCCAAGGCACCGAGCGCCGUCGUGGCAGAAGGCGGAGGCGUUGUUUGGAACACAUUCCGGAUGGUCCUCUCGGCGACCAAGCGAUUUGCUGGAGCAGAAAUUGCUUCCAGGCUCACGUGAUGCAUCCACGGGCGAACUGAAGAUUGCAAGCCGCCAGCGUCCCAUCCCGCUGCCCACACGCGCACACACGCACGCCUCCAUUGCAGAAGAAGUGGCACCCACACAAGCGCAGCAAGAACAUCAAGAGCAGCGCGUCACUGGGGAUCACGAUCGAAGCACCGCUGCCGAAGCACACGAGAUCAUGCAGAGCCCAAUCCCGCUUCCGCCUGGCAGCCUCCGAAUGGUUCCACUGUCGUCUGGAGACAGUGGAUAUGGCAUGGUGCUUUUAGGCCCGCACACGGCAGAAGACCCACUGGGCAUUUUCAUUCUGGGCAUCCACGCCAACUCCCCAGCGCGUGCUUGCAGGCAACUUGUGGUGGGCGAUGAGAUUCUGUUCAUCAACAACGUCGAUGUGGCGCAUGUCAUGCUCACAGAGGUGCAGACACUCAUGCGGGACUCGGCGCACCUGACGCUCACCGUCAAGCACGACACACAACGAUUCGAUCGCAUCAAGCAGAUGGCGAUGGACCGGGAGGCCGAGGAUGGCACAAGUAGCGAUGACGACGACGACGACGAUGAUGACGAUGAUGAUGAUGAUGCUGAAGGGGAGAGCGAAGCAAGCGCAGACGCAGAAACCAACGAGACAGCUGCCCCACAGCAGCGGGAGCAAGGCAGCAACCCCACUUCGCGCUCAACAAGCGAAGCACAUUCUCAACAACACCAACAACACAAACAACUCCAACAACAACAGCAACAGCAGCAACAUCGUCGGCAACUACCGACUCGGCCCAGCGGUGGCGCUGGUAUCGACACCACCACACCUGCCACCACCACCAAUUCCUCCUCCUCCUCAGCGACACCGGUGACAGACGCGUCACCACAACCAGCAGCUGUUGCGGCCGACAGAGGCCAGGCGGAGACGGUCGGUAUGGCCACGCAGCCAACCAGCAAGAGCAACGAGCAGCAGCAGCAGCAGCAGCAGCAGCAGCAGCAGCAGCAGCAGCAGGUGGAUGAAGAAUGUGGAAGCGGAGAUGAUGAUGAGCGUGUGUGGGUGGCGUUGCCUUCCCCUCCGCCCAAGCCGUCCUCUGCUUCAUCUGCUUCGGCGGAAAGGCGGAGCCCACGUGUGUCGACACGCGCGUCAGGCUCGCGGCCCAACACGGGCAAGCGCCGCAAAGGUUCACGCUCGCGAACCAAAUCGCGUUCUGUGACAUCGGACCACUCGCUGCUGUCGAGCGAGGACGGUGUGUGCUCGUCCAUCACCGCGACCACGAGCAGUGGCGAGCGACCCACCAGCCCGUCGUCGCUGACAAGUUCACGCGGUGCAUCCACACAGCCCAUGCCAAACCUGGACGUGGACAGCAAGGUCGCGCACCUGUGGAAGAGUGAUGAUGGCACGGGCUCGCGACAAACCCCAGCGUCCCGCCGACAGCCCAUGGUCAAUAUGCCCGCGCUCUCAGAGGAUUACGAGGCUGAGAGCAUCGUUGCAAAGGCGUGGAAGAACAGGUCUCCACAGGCGCCGCCCGUUCGCCGCCGCGCUUCGUUGGAAGAUAUGGAAAUCAUUCGCGUCGACGUCGAAUUCAACUUGAGAGUGACGGGUCUUGGGAUUGAUUUUGCCCCUGGAAAAUUGGAGGGCCACAAACACGACUACACCCUGGUGCAAAGCGUGUUCCCCUCGUUCACGCUUGGCAAGACGAGCAGCCUGCAGCGUGGAGAUGUUCUCUUGCGCAUCAACCAUCGCGACGUGAGCAGGAUGCGGUUUGCCGCCGUGUGCUCUCUCCUCUCCUCCUCUAUCACCGAUGCCAUUGCUCAGAGCUACGGGCUUGCACUCCGCAGCACACCUGAUGAGAGCACGGGGAAGCACGUGACAAUUGUGCGUGGCGUGAAGCCUGGGUCACACGCAGAGUCGUGCGGUGUCAGGGCAGGCGACCUUGUCAUGGCGGUCAACGGAACACCAGCGACGAAUCUCACACACCAGCAGGUACCAGAUGCUGUUGUUGUUGCGGUGUCAUGA